AUGUCUGGAUACGACUACACAUUUGUUUCCUUUGUCGCAGAGGAGGAUACUUGUCCAAUAUGCAGCAGUCCGAUGAAAGAACCUGUUCAAACAAGAUGUGGUCAUCGGUUUUGCCGCCUCUGCUUGGAAGAAUGCAUGCGAAGGUAACGUUUUGGCUCUUCAGUCUGCAUUUUAGUAUCGUAAGUCAUAGAACCUACAUGCCACCAUGUAAACUUAAAAUGCUCGAGAACGUUACUUCAUUAAGUUAAUGUUAUUCAGUGGCACGCCUAGCUUUGUUUCAAUUCUACAAGAACUGAUUUUCGUUCGGAAAUUUCAGUCUUUAUGAUAACUUUCCCACUCACAGAAGAAGGAACUAUAAAGACGAGUUAUGGAUGGGCAUUUUGAGUGAAAUUAUGGCUCAUCAGCAAGAGUCAGUGACCCAAAUCUUCUCCUUGACAUGAUUUCACGUACUAUAGCCGCGACGACUUGCAGAUGUUGGUAAUAUUCUGCCUGUAUACUUUUAUUUGCUUAUACACUGAUAAAAACGUAAGUAUUUCUUACUGAACAAGUGAUUGAUCUUUCACUUCUGAGGAUAUUUCGGUGUCAGGUAUUUCCGACACUGGCGCUUAGUUAAUUUGGACAAUACAUCCAUAGUGGCUACGCUAUCUUUUGUGUAAUGGAUACACUCGUGUGAGUUUGAGGAUCUAAGCUUGAGCGCGUAUUACAGGCAGACAGUGGCUCUCGAAAUAAAUCAAAGGAGAUUCGGAGAUUUGCUCGUAGAAAAAUGCAAUGGCAGAAAAGAAAGACAACAUGUUGUAUAUAAGCAUUUUAUUGUUAUUGUUAUAUAACAUAUACUAUUGCGAUUGAUUCUUCCUCAACAUCCGAGUCCAAACCAUGGACUUUGGGAGGCAUAGAGGGUUUCUACUUGAUGGAGAGGACCCGCCUGAGAAGGUGGGCUGUAGAAAGGAGAGUUAUUUUCUGGAGUUCAUGUAUGUUGAUGUUGCCAGGGAUUUUGUUGGAGUAGUUUUUUAUGACCUUCUUGAUGGUGCCAAGAGCUCCCAUAACCACCGGUACUGUUGUUGUUUUGAACCCCCACAUCCACUCUUAGACUACCUCGAUUUGUUUUAAAGCUUUUCCAUGGUUUUGACUGAGGUGUUGGUGUCGAGGGGAGUAGCCAUGUCAAUGAGAAGGCAGGUUUUAACCUUCUUGUUCUUUAGCAUAAUGUCUGGCCUCAGUAGCUACUAUGGUCCUGUCAGUGUGGAUGGGCAUGUCCCACAGAAUAUUAUUAUUAUUAUUAUUAUAAAUGUCCUUUAACAGACCAGUAAUUACGGGAUCUUCUUCAGCUAUUUAAACUCCGAAGGUAACACGUAGACAUACUAAAAAUUUGCAGAGCAGUGAAAGGAUCUGGCUACCCCUAUUUCCAGACAGCUUAUUGCCGGUAUUGUCGAUGGCUUGAACUUAAAUCAUGAUUAUAUGCUGAAAAAACUAAAAUUUCAUUACUUCUGCAAACUGAGAGCCAAAUGCUAUGCAUAGCCCACGAAUUGUGAAAGUACUUUUCUUAUUUUUCUUCGUUUCUUAUUCGUACUUUUUUUUUGUAGAAAACCAGAAUGUCCAAUUGACAGGGAGGAUCUGGGUGCGCAGGUAGGCGAACAGACAACACAAAAAAGACUAGUUCCAGGAGAGACACUACCACUAGUAACAAAAAAUGAUGACAUGUCUCAAACGUAACCAAAAUCGUACGACUAGAAUAGGGUUUAUAUAACUAGACUUUCGAAAAAAAAUUCUUCCUCCUAUUUAAUAAGGCCCGCGGAACAAAGACCUCUCGUGACUUCGUCGCGGCGCUCGACUGCUUCGCGAUCGCGAAGCCUAAAGAACUCGCUCUGCUCGAUCUCUGCUGUGAAAGUGAAAAUCGCGAGGUCGACUUGUGGUAAGAGUGACGUUUUAAGACAUAUGCAUGUGGGAAUCACUGAGGCUUAUCUUAACGUUGCCUUUCCUUUUUAACUUAGGACAUAUUCCCCGAUCGGGCGAGUGAAAGAAAAAUUUUGGACUACAAAGUCAAGUGUCCAAACGAAAGUUAUGGCUGUCAGUGGAUUGGUGAGCUACGAAAUAUUAAGGUGAAUAAUUAGAACUGUUUUUAAUACUUGUUUUUUAUUGUUUUUCACGCGUUUCCUCUUUUAAACCUCAUUUUUAUUCUUUUUUUUUCAAGGCCCAUGAAAAUAACUGUUUAUUUGUCCGGGUGCGAUGUACCAAUGAUCACUGUGACGUCGUCUUGUUAAAAAGUGAUCUUCAACGUCAUUUGACUCAAGAAUGUCCUCGGAGGACCAUCUCCUGCCAAUACUGCCAGCAAAACUAUAUUUGGCGCCUUGAACAGGUAUAUAUUUUCUAGAACCAGUCAAAGUUCCAGCCAGUUGAGAUGAAAUUGGUAGUAGCAGAAAGGAUCUUUUUAUUAUUUUUGUUUCUGCAAUUUGAUACAGUCUUGCAUGCGCGGACACUAUGAAGAAAUGGAAGUUACAUACUAUACCAUGUUGUUUACCCACUCACCGAAAGUGAAUGCACAAGUUCUUUUUACGUUACUAAACACUGGACAAUUUCUGGAAUGAAAUUGUAUUAGCAUUUCUUCCACAUAUUUUUCAGUAACUGUGGUAUUGAAAAUUGUUGUUUGUUGUUUUUUUUUCCAGGAGCACUUCAACUCCUGUCAACGAUUUCCGUGCACCUGUCUUCAGAGGUGUGGUCAAGACAACAUUCCCAGAAAUGAGGUAUACAACAUUUUGUGCAAAAUAUAUACGAUGUAUAUACAGCAGCGGAUAAGGUCCUUCUUCAAUCGCAGCUAAGUAAACACUGAUAAUUACGUGUUAUAAAAAUUAGAAGAUACUGUGUAACGCAAAUGAUCGAUUUUGAUAAACUUUGUAAAAAUCAAUUGAUAAUUACGACUGAGUUCAGGCAGUAUUUCUCUUUUUUCUGUGCUAAAUUAUUUUACUAGUCUUUAAUUCAUAGAAAUCGCAGGUCUUUUCAUGCACUACUGUAUAAAAUGUUCAUAAAUUUACACAGGAAUCCUUUCCAAUUUUAAGCAAAGGUGUUCACUACUCUGCAAAAUGUCACCGGCUGUCAUGACUGGAUUUAUGUGACAGCGCAAUUGUUAGCUAAUGUAUGGAUAUAACUAUUCGUCAAAAACGUGCACUUAAUCGAUUAUUUCUUCUGUUCUCCACUUCAGCUAAACAGUCACCUGGAAAAAGACUGUGGUCUUACUGAAGUGAGCUGUUCUUAUGCACAUAUAGGAUGUCAGGCCAAGGUAAAGAAACAGUAUAUGAUACUGAUUCUGCUAUCCGUCAAACAAUGGUCGCUAAAUGAAAAAGAAUUGAUGAAACAAUUCUUGUCUGAUUCAAGCAAUUGAACAGUUUUUAAAAUCAGGCAAUGGACGGACCUGAAAACUAAGAAAAAAAAUUUUGUUGAUGAGCCUGUCUCAAUUGGACUAAUGUUUCAUGGGUAGGAAUGGUAAACAGUAAACGGCAAGUAAACGAAAUCACUUGCUCAGGUGUUAAAAAGCGAUGUUUACCGUUUGCCUUAAAAAUGGCCACGGAAGCGUGUCUCAAUAAGCCUACAAUCCUGCACAAAAGUCCUUGGGACAGUACUGCAAUAUUCAUAUGCUUCUGUUAAUUCUCAUUUCCCUCUUAAAAUAGUGCAUCAUUUUCGUUUUUUUUUUUUGCAGUUCUCCCUCCCCUCAACUAUACAAAGUUGAAACUCGGAAAAAAUUCUGGAUACAUGCGUCCAACAUUGUUUGUGGGGUGAGGGGAGGGGUUGGACCUGUGUGAAUUGAAAAACGCCCCAGAAACGCAAUAGUGUUCCAAGACUUUUGUCCAUGAUUGUAGGAUUGGAGGCUGUGGAAUAGUUGCUAGAGAUCCCACGCUCAUUAUAUGACGGAAAUUAUUGUGCAUUGUUGGCGAUACGGUGAGCAAACCUUUUAAAAUUGCGGUGGGGUUGGGAUAGGCUCUAAGGGUGUAAAGACGAUCAUUAAAUUUGUGGCAUUCAAAUUGCUUUAAGUCGCUUAAAAGGGAUGUACUUUUUCUUCCAGGUUCCCAGAAACGCCCUCGGCCGACAUUUACAAUUAUGCUUGGAGAGCCAUUUAAACAUGGCUUGUAAAAAGUUACGAUCCAUGGAAAAUGAAUUCACCAUAGCAAACGCAAGGCUUGAAGAACUGGAAUCUUCGACUCCAGGAAAUUACAACAUCGAGGAAUUACACAGCACAGUGUCUGACAAUGUCGAUCGAAUAAGCAAGCUAGAAGCAUCGCUGGCGACAAGCAAGCUUGAAAUUGCCGAGAGUAAUAAAAAGAUUAAGCUACUUGAAAAUCUAAACAUAAGAAAGCAACAAGAGUAUGACGAAUUGAUUGAAAGGAACCGCACAAUCUCGGAAGACUUGCAAAAUGAAAUCGAAGCUGUAAAGAAAAAGCUUCUAGAACUUUCUGGCCCAUCAGAAAGUGCAACAGGCGUACAAGCUGGUCUUUCAAGAACUUUAAAACUGCCGACGAUACUUACACCUACCGCGCCACCAUUUCCGCCGCCGGAGGCAAGGCGCGAAUUGCAUCCUGGGCGUCAGAUAAAAAGCUCUCGUUACAUACGACCACAGCACAUUAAGGAAGAUGAAAGUACGAACGGAGACGAACAAUGUGAAGAAAAUAUCCCUGGUGUAAAGCCACUGAUCUCGUCUCUUCAACAGCUAUCCACUGAUGUUCAUAUCAGUGAUAAGUUUAUCUGGAAAUUUACCCAAUUCGACGACGCCAUGCAAAAAGCGAAG